AUGAUUAAAUAAUUGAUUAUUAAAAAUUAGUUCGAAUUAGAUUUGGUUAAAAAAUAGGUCUAAAUUAGUCUUGGCAAUCCUUUUGUAAUAUCUGAAACUACCAAGUAAAAGGUUGCACAAAUUAUGCUUCUUAAUGAUAUCAUGAUUUCCUCUAUGAUUGGUAUAUCAUGAUUAUUAUUGCUAGCAGGAAAUGCUAUAAUGUUUUUUAAUUUAUUAGAUCUAUUAUAAUCAUUGUCCUCUAUUAAAUAUAAAUAGUAUUCUUUUCCACCUCAUUUAUUGAAAUUUUUAAAUACUUAUACUAAAAUAUCGCUAUAACUAAUAUUAGAGCGUUUUAAAUAGAAGAAUUGUUUAGAUCUUUAAAUGGAGGAAAUUUACAAUUCAAAAGCACUAGAUUAUCAACUUAAAUUUAAACAAAUUAAUUUUAUCUAUUAAAUGCUUAAGGUUGAUACUUUUCUAUUUUAUGCUCAUUAACAACUUAUUUUAUUUCCAUAUUAUUAUCCUCUAACAAAGUUUUAUUCUUUUAAGGAAUUCUAUUUGAAAAAUUCAAAAUUAAUUAUACAUCGCUUCUCUUUAAUACAUUUUACUCUAAAAAAUCUAAAAGUGUUGUAUGAAAUUCUGAAAUGA